GACAGUGACAGCCUGUUCCGUGUAGCAGCGCCACUGGCGGAAAUUUCUCAAAGUUGACAAUUAUUUCGUCGUGGACAGACGUUCCCGAUUUCUUAAUUUUACUCUCACAAAAAAACUAAAAAAUGGGUAUCCCUGCUGGUAACGCCGAGAACGGCAAGAAAAUCUUCGUCCAGAGAUGCGCCCAGUGCCACACAGUUGAAGCUGGUGGCAAGCACAAGGUCGGCCCCAACCUAAACGGCUUCUUUGGCCGCAAGACUGGUCAAGCUGCUGGCUUCUCAUACUCAGAUGCCAACAAGUCGAAGGGAAUCUCAUGGAAUGAGGACACCCUAUUUGAGUACCUGGAGAACCCCAAGAAGUACAUCCCUGGAACCAAGAUGGUGUUCGCUGGUCUGAAGAAGGCCAAUGAAAGGGCAGACCUUAUUGCCUACCUAAAAGUCGCCACUAAGUAAAAGACAACUUCAAACUAGGAAAAUUUUAUGUAACCAGUUCUUUGGAAAUUUCAAAGGGACUAUUUACAUAUAGCCUCAUCAGUAUCAUUAAUGUUACUUAUGCAAUCCUGUUAUUGCACAACUAAUUUAACAAUAGUUUACAUGACAUCAUUGUAGUAAAACAUUUAUUUAUUGUGAGAAAUGGCUGUUCACUCAUUAGCAUUACUCUUGUGAGUAUUUAAACAAAUAACUUACUGUUUUUAUGUCGUGCUUCAGAUUGUGAGUGUGAUUUAAUGUAAUUAAAUUAUUAUUAAACAACAUUUAAUGUUAGAUAUUCAUUCUGUGGAAGUACCUGCGCUUUCGUGAGUGAAUGUUACCAAUAAUUUCUAAAUAGAAAUAUGUCAAAACG